ACAUGCAUUAUACAAUAUGCACAAUAUAACUCAUAAAUGUUAUCUGUGUUUCCUAAAACAGAUGUAUGCCAUAUAGAUUGUUCUUUUGAUGUGAACUUGUGUAACUGGAAACAAUCAACGAGUGAUAACAUGGACUGGAUACACUGGAAUGGCUCAACCCCUUCCGAUUUUACUGGACCAUCAUUUGACCACACAACAGGAUAUGGCUACUAUCUAUACAUUAAUGGACAGGAUUCAGAAGAGGGAGACUUUGCAAGAUUGGAGAGUCCUGCAAAUUGUUUCACUGGAACUCAUUGCUUACAGUUUUGGUAUCACAUGUAUGGAGCAGCAAAAUACAUGAUGCUGAGGGUGUCAGUACUAAGAGAUUAUGGUUUGGAAGAUGUCUUCACUAUAGAAGGAGAUCAUGGGGACAUGUGGUAUUUAGAGAAGAUUUUCCUGCCUGAAAGUGAUAUUAUCCAGAUUUUCAUUGAUGGUGUCAGAGGUGAAGAUUUCCGUAGUGAUGUUGCUAUAGAUGAUAUUUCUUUUUACCCAGGAUAUUGUACUGGUAAGCUGUGAUCCAUUCAUGACAGACUAUUUGCUUGGUUAUUUCCUAGUCUUAAAAUAAUAUCUAAUAAAGUCUGAGAAUUUCAGUUUAAUAUGAUUAAAUGACUGCCAC